UGAGGAGGUCCAUCUACUGUGCAGGAGGAGGAGUGACAGCACAGUACCACAGCCGGCGCUCUGCCCAGCGGCCACUCACUCAGGAGGCUCACCCCGCGGACACCUCGCCCGGCCGAUAUCGCUGAGAGUCAGAGACCUAGAAAUGGGGACAGCUCGAAGAUUGAUGCUGAAUACAAUAGAAGAAAUAACCGUGGUUUGGGAAUUAAAAAGGAAUUGUUCUGUAUGCUUUCUGCUCAAUCAUCUACGUGACCCACAAUUAUGAGGACUUUGGGAUGCUUUUUAUUUCUUCUUUUUUGGGUUAGUCAGCCCCAGAAAAGCUACACGACUCCUCUUCCAGAAAGGACUACUCCUAGCGCCGAACCAACAGCGGCGGACCCAGAACCCGGACAAGAAAAUGAAAUGGAAAGGAGCCGCUCUAAAAGAAGCUGGAUGUGGAAUCAUUUUUUUCUUCUUGAGGAAUAUACAGGAUCAGACAACCAAUAUGUGGGCAAGCUUCACUCAGACCAGGAUGGCGGAGAUGGAUCAUUGAAAUAUAUUCUCUCUGGAGAUGGUGCCGGGGAUGUUUUUAUAAUCAAUGAAAAUACUGGCGACAUUCAGGCAACUAAGCGUCUGGACAGGGAAGAAAAAUCUUCAUAUAUUCUACGUGCCCAAGCUGUGAGCAGGAAGACAGGAAGACCUGUUGAGCCCGAAUCUGAGUUUGUCAUCAAGAUUCACGACAUUAAUGACAAUGAGCCAAAAUUUACCAAGGCUGUUUACACUGCCACCGUGCCAGAGAUGUCAGAAGUGGGAACAUUUGUCGUUCAAGUCACAGCCAAUGAUGCAGACGAUCCAACCUAUGGAAAUAGUGCAAAAGUCGUCUACAGUAUUCUGCAGGGACAGCCAUAUUUCUCUGUUGAGUCUGAGACAGGUGUCAUCAAGACCGCCUUGUCAAAAAUGGACAGAGAGAACAAGGAGCAGUAUCAAGUGGUUAUACAGGCCAAAGACAUGGGGGGACAGAUGGGAGGACUGUCUGGGACAACAACUGUAAAUAUCAAUCUGUCAGAUGUCAAUGACAACCCCCCACGCUUCCCUCAAAGUACCUAUCAAUUCAGGGCCCCAGAGUCUUCCCCUGUGGGUUCUACAAUUGGCAGAAUCAAAGCUAAUGAUGCAGAUGAAGGUGUGAAUGCUGAGACAGAAUACAAAAUCAUUGAUGGAGAUGAACACAACAUGUUUGAAAUCAUCACAGACAAGGAGACGCAGGAAGGAGUUGUUAUUGUCAAAAAGCUGAUGGACUUUGAGAGAACGAGGAUGUACAAUUUAAAGGUCGAAGCUGCCAAUGUAUAUGAUGAUCCAAGAUUUCACUACUUAGGACCCUUCAAGGAUGUUGCUGCUGUAAAAAUUAUAGUGGAGGAUGUGGAUGAGCCUCCAUUUUUUAGCAAGUCAGCCUAUGUACUCGAGGUGAAAGAAGAUGCAAACAUUAACACUAUUAUAGGAACAGUUACAGCCCAGGAUCCGGAUGCAGCUAGAAGCUUUGUGAAGUAUUCUGUGGAUCGUCAUACAGACAUGGAUAGGAUAUUCAACAUUGACUCUGGAAAUGGAUCGAUUUUUACUUCUAAAACUCUGGAUCGAGAGUCACUGCUGUGGCACAAUAUUACUGUAAUUGCUACAGAAAUCAGUAAUCCUAAAGAAAGUAGCCGCGUUCCUGUGUACAUUAAGGUCUUGGAUGUCAACGACAAUGCCCCCGAGUUUGCCAUGCUGUACGAGAUCUUUGUGUGUGAAAAUGCAAAGGCAGAACAGAUAAUACACACUGUCAGCGCAAUUGAUAAGGAUGAUUCUUAUAGUGGACUUCAGUUUUCAUAUGCAGUAGCUAAUCCAGCAGUACACGGUACAAACUUUACAGUCAGAGACAACAGAGAUAACACGGCUAGCAUCUAUACACAGAGAAACGGAUAUAGCCGCCAUGAGAUGAAUACUUACUUACUGCCAGUGGUGAUUUCAGAUUAUGGGUUUCCCGUACAGAGUAGCACUGGUACCCUGACUAUUCGUGUUUGUGCCUGUGACCACAAGGGUAACAUGCAGUCUUGUACCGCUGAGGCUCUAAGUCAUCCCACUGGUUUGAGCACAGGAGCGCUGAUUGCCAUUCUUCUCUGCAUAAUUAUACUGCUAGUCACAGUCGUGCUGUUUGCUGCUCUAAGACGACAGAGAAAGAAAGAGCCAUUGAUUGUGUCUAAAGAAGAUAUAAGAGAUAACAUUGUGAGUUACAAUGAUGAAGGUGGUGGAGAGGAAGACACUCAGGCUUUUGAUAUUGGCACCUUGAGGAAUCCAGAAGCCAUAGAGGAAAACAAAUUGCGCAGGGAUAUUGUUCCAGAAACACUGUUUUUUCCACGUCGAACUCCAGCGGCCAGAGAUAACACUGAUGUAAGAGAUUUCAUUAACCAAAGGUUGAAGGAAAAUGACCUCGAUCCAACAGCACCUCCCUAUGACUCCUUAGCAACUUACGCAUAUGAAGGAAAUGGUUCCGUGGCAGACUCUCUCAGCUCUUUGGAAUCUGUCACUACAGAUGGAGACCAGGACUAUGACUACCUAAGUGACUGGGGGCCACGUUUUAAAAAACUAGCAGAUAUGUACAGUGGUGCAGACAGUGACAAAGACUCUUAAUAUAUUGCCUUUUUGGAUUUCCAAUUUUUGGAAAAGUAAACAGCAUUUAAAAAUGAGGAGUAACUAUGUCCAUGGCCUCUCGUUAGGCCAUCUGCUCAUCCAAUUGUUUAAUUUUUAAAAAUUGUGAAGACUAAAUGUCAGAACCUUUUUAUAGUACAAUUUAUGAGCUUCCAAGAGGCAGUUUUUUUUUUCAUUUGUUGCUUUGCUUUUUUAUAUUACCACAUUUUAGUCAGCCCUUUUUAUCUAAUUAGUCUUAUAAACACUACGUGAGGGAAGGGGAGCAAUAUUUGUACACAGUCUACUCGCAUUAAUAUACUGUACUUACUGUUUCUAUUGCCAUAGGCAGUCACAUGUUCUUUUGUGCACCAGUUGAACCUUAUACCCACUGAAUGUUAUAUAGUUAUGAUGUGGGGAUAUAAAUAUUACAGGUUAGGCUUUGUGGCUUUAGAUCUACCAGUGCAUAAAUGAUGUGUGACUAUAUUAUAUAAGAAAGUAAAGGACAUUAAAGUGGAUCUAAUAUUUAAAGCUUUUUUACCUUGUUAUGGUGGGAAUACUUUUUUUUUCUCGCAAGUAUCACUUUUAACAUUUUGAUGUCCACUAGUUUGGAAAAGAAGACACACGUGGACUUUUUCAUAUUCUGAUUUUUCCAUAACUGAACCAGUGAAGAAAAAAAAAAAUGAUUUUUUUUCCCCCUUACCGUCUGUGAGAAGACAAUACCAGCUGUCAAAUGUAAAACUUUGUGAAGUGCAAAAAUAGGUUGACAUUGUCUCUGUUCUGAACAUCACGGAAAGUGUUUCGUAGAAUUCUAUACCAGUGUAACAAGAUUCCCAUAACUUCAGGAGGUUUCACAUUAAAAUGCAAGAAUAGGCAAGAACAUUAUCUACUUUCUUAUUGUUUUAGGCGCGAUAGCAGUAGAGGUUCUGUCAGAAGCUUAACACUAUACAUGCUGUAAUUUGUAUACACCAAAAAUAUGAAAUAUUCUUGUUGUAUGAUUUGAUGUGCUUAAAAAUGACACCUCUUGGAUAGGCAUGUUGUCAAGAAUGUUUCAAGGACUGGGAUAUAAGCA